AUGGCACCUACCACCGCCUACGCGCAGGCGCAGGAAGAUGAGAUUGAAGUUCUCCGGUCCAUUUAUAUGGAGGAUUACCAGGAAGUAGCAAUCAAGGGUGCCUGGAGCAAGACGUCAGAUCGCGCUUUCACGCUCAAGCUGAGGGCAUCUACAGACAACGAGACUUGGGUUUCGUUAUCUGUCCGCUUUACAGCAACUUAUCCAAAGACACCUCCGCUCUUGUCCGUCGAAUACGCGGACGUCUUACAAGAAAGAGCUCGGAAGAAGAUUGGAGACUUGAUUCGUACCAAGCCAAAAGCGCACUUAGGCGAGGUGGUGAUCUAUGAAAUUGCAUCUUCGAUUCAGGAUGUUCUCGAAGACGCGGUGCAGUCUCGCGAGCAUGAUGCAGCUUUGCCAAGUUUCGCGGAGCAACGCAUGAUAGAUGAGGCGGCUGCCGCGGAAGUGACCAAGAGGGAGGAGGAGGAACUCGCCCGCAAGAGACUAGAAGAGCAGGCGGAAGAGCAGCGUGCCCUGCUGCAAAUGGUCGAUGAAGAAAUGAACCGACGCAAAGAAAAGAAGCAGAGGCUGAGGCCUGCAUCGUCGCAACCUACCCGCCAAGAUAAGCAAGACGGAUCGUACUUCGCCUUUGACCGGGCCAUCACCGUCGGAGAUAUCUCAUUCAACGCAGUCACCGGGCUCACCCCGAUUCGUGAGGGGUCUGUCACAGAAGUUCUCGCAGUGUCACCAGUGCUCACGCGUGGCAGGCCCAUUGGGCCCUUGGCUAUGAAACGAACACGCCUUAAUGUACCGCUAUCAAAAGACGCUCAACUAAAGAAGACUAUCCUUGAUUUUGAAGACGAACUAGAGCGCCUGAGAUCCUUGCGUCAACAGAACACACUGGACGUGCUUGAUUUUCGGAUAGAAAAGCUCGACAACAACCCGGAACACAUUUCCGAGGGAGAAGAUACGCCUGAUCGGUCCAUUUGGCAAAUAAGCAUAUUGACCGAGCUUGCGACCGAGGGCUCUAUCGGUGCAAUGCUUACUAUUGCUGACAGCCUGCCUGCAAACAAGGUACGUGUGUGGGCUGUGGAACUGCUUGAUGCACUCGAAUUCUACCACCGCAAUGGAAUUGUGCAUAGGAGAGUUCACCCAUACAACAUACUAUUGAAAGCCUCUUCGUCCGGUGGCAUGACGGUUAAGCUUGCCGACGCGGCUUUUCAGGAUCACCUGCACGAGCUUAAAGACUUGGCCCGGACGACGGGUAGCAAAUCUUCGCCUGCGAGAUCCGCUUAUUGGAUAGCGCCAGAGUUUUCUGGAAACCCGCGUCCUUCCCGUAAGACGGAUAUAUGGGACUUUGGCGUUACAUUCCUCCAAAUGCUUCUCGGUCUCGAUACUCCAAAAAAGUACAGCUCACCUGCCGCACUUACGGAGUCGCUUGAUCUUUCAGCCCCACUUGAAGAACUUAUUUACAAGUGCUUCAACCUUGAUCCGAAGAAAAGACCUUCAGCUUUCGAUCUUACACCUUGCGAGUUCUUCCGUAGCGAAGCCCCUGUUUUAUUCCAUCCCGCACCUCCAAGGCUCUCCUCUUCAGACACUCUGUCCGGGCCUCCUGAAAGACGGUUGAGGCGACCCUCUUCUAAUGCGGGAGGUCCAUUCUCAAGAUAUGCUGGCGAAUGGGCUGAAGUUGGCCGCUUGGGCAAAGGCGGUUAUGGCGAGGUUGUCAAGGCUCGCAAUAAGCUAGACGGGCGCAUCUAUGCCAUCAAGAAGAUCAAGCUAAGUUCGGCUUCGGCUUUGACGAAAGUUCUGUUAGAGGUCAGGCACCUUUCCGGCCUCAAUCACCCGUACGUUGUGCGUUACUACACUGCCUGGCCAGAGGAUGACCCUGUUGACAUUUCGGAGACCGAGGAAGAGUCAACCUCCGUCGAAACUGAAGAAAGCCCGGAUUUUAGUACUGACGGUCCCGGUAUCGACUUUCGCCCAAGCACUCGAGGCCUAGAUUUCAUUAGCUCCAGUGGCUUCCCGAAGAUCGAGUUUGGUGAAGAUUCUGAAGACGAAACAAGCUCUAUCGACUCCGACGAAGACGGUCCAGACAGGGCGGACGCCGAUAAGAGAAUCAAGAACGAAGCCGCCCAAGAGAAAGAUGCGUCCCCUGCAUUGAGGAGGACUGUAUCCGCUCCGCGUGCUACAAAGCCCGUCGCGUCCACACUCUACAUACAGAUGGAGUACUGUGAGAGACACACCCUACGAGACCUUAUCCGGAAGGGUCUCCACGACAACCCGAAUGAAGUGUGGCGCUUGUUUCGCCAAGUCCUAGAGGGACUCACACACAUCCAUAGCCAUGGGAUAAUCCACCGCGACUUAAAACCUGAUAACAUCUUCAUCGAUGUGACAAACACUCCAAGGAUCGGCGACUUCGGCUUGGCUACGAGCGGCCAAUAUCAGCUUGCUGACAAGGCAGACUCAAACGCUGUCCCCGAUGGAGAUAUGACUCGCAGCAUCGGGACCGCGUUAUAUGUCGCACCUGAGCUCAGAUCUCACGUUGGUGGCACCUACAAUGAUAAAGUUGAUAUGUAUUCUCUCGGCAUCAUCUUCUUCGAGAUGUGUUACCCACUACGCACAGCUAUGGAGAGGGACCAGGUCAUAAUGCAGCUUAGGAAGAAACAGCAUGUGCUUCCUGAAGUUUUCCAAAGCUCCGAGAAGGCGACGCAAGGCAGCAUCAUUUAUUCUCUAAUCAGCCACCGCCCAAGCGAACGACCAGGUAGUGCAGAGCUUCUUCGCAGCGGUAAGCUGCCCCUACAGAUCGAAGACGAAACGAUCCGCCAAGCACUUCGAGGCCUAUCGGAUACCAACUCGCCCUACUACCAUAAGAUGAUGUCGGCUUUGUUCUCUCAGACGUCGGACAUGCAGGUGAAGGACUUUGCGUGGGACUUGGGAUCCUCGAACGGAGCCAAUGGACCCAAUGCAGGUGAACUUCUCUUGCAGAGCUCUGUCAGGGGACAAUUGAAAUCUGUAUUCCGCCGCCAUGGUGCUGUGGAGGUACAAAGGCCGAUCGUCUUCCCCCGCUCAGCCCACUAUCCUACUGGAACGGGCGUAUAUCAGCUUCUGGACGCCUCAGGUACUCUUGUGCAGUUACCGGUCGACCUGACAUUACCUUACGCAAGAACCCUUGCUCGACAGCCCCCCACGGCGGAUCGGACCUUUGCUUUUGGCAAUGUUUACCGUGUCUCACAUACAGGCGGCCCACCCCGAGCACUUGGAGAAGUCGACUACGAUGUCUGCCAAACAGACACGCUUGAUUUAGCGCUGAAAGAAGCAGAGGUCAUCAAGGUGUUAGAUGAAGUCAUUGAAGAGUUUCCAUCUUUGUCCACGGCGCAAAUGUGCUUCCACCUGAACCACUCGGAUUUGCUCGACCUCGUUAUGGACUUCUGCCGCAUCAACAUACCGCUUCGACCAGCAGUCAAGGAAACUCUAAGCAGGCUGAACAUUCACCAGUGGACUUGGCAGAAGAUUCGGAGCGAGCUACGAUCCCCCACUAUCGGCGUUACGUCCACCUCGCUUGAUGACCUGGCGAAGUUCGACUGGCGCGACAUUCCCGAAGUAGCGUUUGGCAAGCUCCGAUCUUUGUUCGAAGGUACAGAGUAUUUGGACAAGACCCAUGCAAUCUUUGCGCACAUGCGUACUGUGCUUGGCUACAUGAAGACCCUCAACGUGCACCGCAAGGUGUUCAUCAGCGCUCUUAGCAGCUUUAACGAGAAAUUCUACGCCGGCGGUAUUAUGUUUCAGUGCCUUUACGAUACCAAGCGCCGCGAUGUCCUUGCCGCUGGAGGCCGCUAUGAUCGACUGAUAGCGGAGCACAGGCCCAAGGUACAAGGAAACUCCACUGGCUGUCGUGCCGUGGGCAUGAACUUGAGUUGGGAGCGGAUCGCUUCAUCGACGGCGAGGUAUUACAAGAACUCCGGAAAGUCCAACUUCUUGAAGAAGUCGCAGGCUUCCUCCGAGCAAUGGGCCACACGACGAUGUGACUGUCUAGUAGCCUCCUUCGAUGCAGAUGUGUUACGCACAACCGGUGUCAAAAUGGUAGCCGACCUCUGGGCCCACGACCUCAGUGCCGAGCUAGCUGCCGACGCACGCUCGCCAGAAGAGCUCCUGGCCAGAUAUCGCGACGACAAGCACAGCUGGAUUAUCAUCAUCAAGCAAGAUGUUGAUGUGUUUGGCAAAGCAGACCUCAAGGUGAAGAGCAUGGACCGCAAAGUCGACACCGAUGUGCGCAGUUCCGAGUUGAUAUCUUACCUCCGUCAAGAGAUCCGUGAUCGAGAUCAUCGAGAAGGCACAAACGAGCGAGCGCGCCUGCUGCGUCAGCCGAGUCAGCCGGAAUCUGCGCAAGCUGAGCGUAAGAGCAACGUGCAAGUGCUUAUGGCACAGCACAGAAGCAAGAAGAGUAAUAAGUGGAACGUUGUUGAAGCCGCUCAAUCCCGCGCCCGCGAACUUCUCAACUCCUAUCAGUCCUCUCCGAUAGCUGCCAUCGAAACUCGCGACGACAUCAUGGACAUGAUCCGCGAAACGCGGCUGUCUGAUCCUGACAGCUGGCGCGCCGUCAUUCAACGGGUGCCACUUGCUGAGAGGCAGUAUUUGCAAGACGUACACAACAUGCUGAUUCGAUAUGCGAGUGACUGGCGAGAGAAAGAGGGGGCGAUCAACGAGAGCCGCAUGGCCUUCGUGUAUAACUUCAGGACGGGCGGUGUGAUGCUGUAUGACUUGGGUUUGUAG